UAAUUCUCAAAGGAAUAAAAAACUUUGUAAAAAGCCAGAAAAAAAUAGCUUAAUUUUUUGAUAACUCGCAUUAUAUACUGGAAAAGUGUAUAAAAAAAAAUGUCAAAACGUCAAGCUGAUCAGGCCGAUUUGAGAAACCAGGCUAAGGCACCCGCCUUUGGAAAUGGCGCUUCUAGGCACGAUGCUGAAGCAAAGAAUGAAAUGGGUGAUUUUGAAGAUGCCUGGGAAGACGAAAUGGAGGAAGAAGAAAUUGUCGAAAGUAGUAAUAUGGAGGAAGAAUUAGAAGGGGGAAGCGAUGGCAUGGAAGUCGACGAAAAAGAUGAGGAAGAACAGGAUAAAGAUUUGAAUGUUUAUUUGCCCGGUCAACCUUUGGCAGAAGGAGAAGUUUUGGAAGCAGACCCUUCUGUUUAUGUUAUGCUUCACAACUUGGAUGUUCGACUUCCGUUCUUAAGUUUUGACAUUUUGGAAGAUAAAUUGGGCGAAGAAAGAAGAAAUUAUCCUGCUACUGCUUAUGUUGCAGCUGGUACUUCUAUGCCUGGCGAUAGGAAUAACGAAGUUUUGGUUAUGAAGUUGUCGAACUUACAUAAAACUCAACAAGAAGACUCUGACGAUGAUGACGAUCCAGAUGCAUUGGAUGAAGAUCCUGUGCUUGAAUAUCGAUCGAUGCCUCAUAACGGCUGCGUUAAUCGUUUGAGAGUUAUGCCACAGCAACAGGAAAAACAUAUUGCUGCAACAUGGGCAGAGACCGGCAAAGUCCAUAUCUGGGAUUUAACAUCAUCAAUGGAAAGUCUAGAGACACCAGGUGCGCCUACGAAUACGUCUCAGAAACCUUUGGUUACUAUUAACAAUCACGGUCGCGAAGAAGGUUAUGCUAUGGACUGGUCCGCUUUAGAUGCUGGUCGUCUUUUGACCGGCGACAAUAUGGGCCGUAUUUUCCAUACAACUUUAUCACCCACAGGCGUGAAUACAGAUAAUGUCGCAUUUAAAGAACAUAAGUCAUCAGUCGAGGAUCUACAAUGGUCACCUACAGAAAGAAACGUUUUUGCCUCAUGUUCGUCUGAUCAAACUGUUAAGAUUUGGGAUACACGUAAUAAGAAACGUUCAGCGGUAGGCGUACACGCCUCACAUUCUGAUGUCAAUGUUAUUACAUGGAAUAAGAAGGCAUCAUAUUUAAUGGCUAGUGGACAUGAUGAUGGUGUAUUUAGUGUUUGGGAUCUUCGUACAUUCAAGGGUGGAAACUCACAACCUACACCAGUUGCUACAUUCAAAUGGCAUAACGCACCUAUCACGUCUAUCGAAUGGCACCCUACGGAAGAAUCCGUUUUAGCAGUUUCUGGUGCAGAUAAUCAGUUGACACUUUGGGAUUUAUCCGUAGAGCCUGAUACUGAACAAGAAGGUCGUUUAAUGAAUGCAGGUGGUGUUGAAGUACCACCUCAACUGUUAUUCGUUCAUCAAGGCCAAGAAGAUAUUAAAGAAUUACAUUUCCAUAGACAAAUACCUGGCUGUGUUAUCAGUACAGCAAGUACUGGUAUGAAUAUCUUCAAAACCAUUAGCAUUUAGAUUUUUUUUUUUCCCCACUUUAUACUUCUAAUUAUACACCCUUUUCUCGUUAUAUUUUUAUUGUAUUUUUGCUCAGACUGAUAAUGUAAUAUUUGUUUGGUUUUUUUAAAUUCGGAUUAACAUUGAGAUCUGCAAUGAUUCAUAAGAUAAGGUUGCUUCAUA